UUACAGAGUAUAACCUCAGUGAUCUGUGUACCUAACCUCGUUUUAUGUUUAUGUGGCAAAGUGGUACUCUGCUGGAAUAUAAAGAUUGUAUUUAAGUCCCUAUUCUUUCAUGUUUGGGCCUAUGAUCUGAAUUUCUGGUGGUUCCAUUGUGUACAGUGCCCAUAGCAAUGACAGAAGAAAGGGUCAAAUUGCUAAAGCUGCUUUAUUCUGCAGACUAUCCUGCCGAGUGGGAAUUCGAUGAGAAUGUUAAGGAAUACCUCACAAAGUUGGCAGCAUACAAGGUGGAGGAUUUAAUUAAAGAGCCUAGACGUCUGGAAGUAGAAUUUGCGAAUAUUCAAGACCAAACCCAAGAUCUGGCUGUUACCAAUUACAAAACGUUCAUUGAGACUGCAGAGUGUUCCAGGCAACUGUUUAGUCAGUUUAGCAGCAUCGAACACAAGCUGGAUGAGCUACUGUUGGAUAUUCCCAAGUUUCAAACUAGCUGCACAAGUUUUUGCGAUUCAACAAGCCAAAUUAGUAAUUUGCGAAAGCUCAACUCAUUGACGUUGACUAAAAACGCUCAGCUUUUGGAAAUCCUGGAACUGCCCCAGCUGAUGAACUCAUUCAUCAAUGAUGGGCUGUAUGAGGACGCUUUGGAGUUGGCCGCCUAUGUCCGGAAGCUUUGCUCGAAACACUCAGAUAUACCGAUUUUUGCAAGCAUCUUGGAUGAUGUGAAUCGGGCUUGGUUGCUGAUGCUGCAUCAGCUUCUAAAUCAAUUGAAGCAGGAUGUGGCCUUGCCCAGGUGUUUGCAAAUAGUGGGGCAUCUUCGGAGAAUGGAGGUGUUCACUGAACUGGAGCUUAAGUUGAAGUUUCUGCAAGCCAGAGGCCACUGGCUAGACCUCUGCUUGAAGUACAUUCCUAAGGAUGACGUCGAUCAUCAUUUAACAAAGACAGUGGAACUAACUAGGAUUAACUUGUUCAACAUCAUCACCCAGUAUCGAGCAAUUUUUAGCGACGGUGAAUCGGUGCCGACCAGCUCGUUGAAAGGCGUCAUCAACGAGAACAUGAUUUUUUUCACCUGGAUCAACGCCAGGAUCUCCGACUUCCUCGAGGUGCUAGAGGGGGACCUCAAGUCAGUGUCCUCAGUGGAGUCCUUGCUAGACCAGUGCAUGUACUUCGGCCUGUCGUUUAGCAAAGUUGGAUGCGAUUUUCGGUCCUUGCUAAUUCCGAUAUUCACUAAGCAAAUAAUGAAGAACUUCAGUGCGGCCAUUGGCAGAGCUGUGGCCGCUUUUGAGAAGAGCAUUGAGAACUUCACGCUGAUCAACAAGAACUUGCCAAACAUCCCCUGGAAGAACAAACACCAGGACCCGCUUCAACCGCCCGAUAGUUUGCUGGAAUUCUACCCUUUAGCCGAGUAUUUAAACAACGUGCUGAAGACCCUGAAUUCUUUUAGGAGCUGUGCCCCUGUCGCAAUAGUAAGCGAAGUGGUGGAGUGUCUUCAGCGGUCGCUGCUGAUAAUCGCAAGGUCAAUCGUAAAUCUGUAUUCCCAAGAACAACAAGCUUUUACCAGCAGCGCCAAGGGUGCGUUUACUAGACUGUGCAUGAGUUUUUCCGAUGAAUUGGUGCCGUAUGUGCAAAAGUGUGUCCACAUCAUUUACCCGCCCAAUCAAAUUGCUGGUCAGUUGGGGAUCACUCUGCAAACGUUGCAAGAUGAGCGCAUUUCGUUUUUGAAUAGAGAAGCCAUUGUUGAGCCUAUACGACACUUGUUGCCGUCUAAAAUGAGCAUUGAAGAAGUCACUGCAAGCAAAUAAACCUAAGAUAGCAGAGGAAGUGAGCAAGCUUCUGGACCUAAAGGCUCAACUCGUUGCCGAAGAUGGCACGGUUGCGCCCACAAAUGUUAAUCAGAAAUUUACCCUGAAAACCGCCAAAGGAAC